CCGGGUUUCUGCAGAGACGGCAUCCUUGCAAGGACGGCCGGGUUCUUAAGCCGAGGGCGGCAUUCCUUGUGCCUUCAGAAAGGACUUUCCUGCCGCCCAGACCUUCCCCGCCAAUGCAGCAAGUCGGAAACGUACAGUAAACAAGGGCAACGUCCAAACCAUGAGUUCCCCAUUCAGCUUGGGGAUGGAGAGGGCCGUGCUGCUGGCCGUGCUGCUCUCAACAACCGGGCUAAAUCCAGCUUUGGCCAUCAACGUUUACACCGACAGGGAGAUCCACGGCAUCGUGGGCUCCAACGUCAAGCUGUAUUGCUCUUUCUGGUCGAACGAAUGGAUCUCCGACGACAUUUCGGUGACUUGGCACUUUCAACCGGAAAGCAGCAGAGACAGCUUAUCGAUCUUUCAUUAUGCGAAAGGCCAGCCUUACAUCGACAACGUGGGGAUGUUCAAGGAGCGCAUCGAGUGGGUCGGGAACCCGCGCUGGAAGGACGGCUCCAUCAUCAUUCACGAUCUGGAUUACACCGACAACGGCACCUUCACCUGUGACGUCAAGAACCCGCCGGACAUUGUUGGGAAGACCUCUCAGGUCACGCUCUACGUCUUUGAAAAUGUACCUACCAGGUAUGGCGUGGUGUUGGGAGCUGUUAUUGGAGGCAUCCUUCUCGUGGUCUUUGUGGUCUUGAUAUUAGCCUACCUUAUCAGGUAUUGCUGGCUGCGGAGACAAGCAACGCUCCAACGGAGACUCAGUACAAUGGAGAAAGGGAGAUUGAGGCUGGGCAAGGACUCGUCGAAAAGAGGCCGUCAGCCGCCCGUCUUGUACGCCAUGCUGGACCACAGCCGCCUCACCAAAUCCGCCGGCGAGAAGAAGUCCAAGGGAGGCCUGUGCGACCUCCGCAAAGACCGGAAAUAGCGGUUAGCUGGCAGAGAAGGUACCCGGAAGAAGGCGGGAGACAAAAAGGUCGUCAUGACCAUCGAGAUGGAACUGAAGAGGGACCAGCUCGAGGUCGAGGGCCACAAACCCGCCGUCAAAUCCCCCAGCAAGAACAGCCUCAAAAACGCGCUCAUGAACAUCAUCAAAAGCGAUUCGGAAAAGUGACCUCAAUUUGCGACCCUCUCCGUUCACUACUUGGGGAUGUUUUUGCUCUUCGCCCAACUGUCUCGGCUUUGUUUUCUGUCCUGUCCUUCGUUUCGUUUAUUUGAUGAUUCUUGUUGUUUCAUCUUAACGUAGACGUCUUGGCAUCAUAUCUGUGUCGCAGAUUAUAAUGUUAUUAAUAGUUAUUACUAGGCAACUAGAAUAACUGGGGCAAUGAUCCAACCCAUGCCUCUCCCAUAUUAAGAACGUACAGAAACUACAUUCUUUUUGGGAAGGUAAUGCACCGGAUAACCUUGUUUGGUCAUCACAAAAUCAGUAUCCAUAUGGCAAUAGUAGCCGAACCUUCCACUUAAAUUCCCAUUACGCCAGAUAUGAUGCCACGAGGACCACGUAGCCAUCCAUCCUAGCCCUGCAGUAUCCCCUCGACGUCUUAAACACGGACAAAAUGAUCUAGAUUCCAUUGUGACCACGGUACCUUCUUCUGCUCAGACGGCUGCGACAACCCUCUUCUGCUUGGUAACUUGACCACAGGUGUAAUAUUUCGUUUCCUUUUUAAUCCACGGAUUCAAUAUAUGUAUGUGUCUUCCUAAGACGGAUGGUUUAAUUCCUUUACACAGCUCAUGCCAUAUAUCUAUUUGACCUAUUUCCGGGUAUUAUAAGGUCGGCGAAAAAACCCAUCAAUGGAGACCUCUGUAUUCUGAUAUACCAAGUUCAGUACAUGGACGACAUCCUUCAGUAUAUAGACGAUUGGCUAUCAAUUAAGUUCCUAAUUUUUUCUCCGAAUCCAAAUUUGUCUAGUAUCAAUUUUCAUUGUCUGCCAGGAGACACUAUCAAAUGCCUUAUAAAUAUCCAAAGCUAAUACUCCAGCCACUAAAUACCUUUUUUUUAAUACUAUGAAUUGCAUGUAAUACCCUACCCAUUAAAUUUGGCAUUUGCCAUCCUCCUAUAAAUCCACAUUGAUCCUCCUUGAUAGAUGGAAACCUCUGUAUUCUUAUAUACCAGGUUCAAUAUGUGGACGACAUCCUUCAGUAUAUAGACGAUUGGCUCAUAGCAGCCGGUAUGUGCAAACUUUGGCCCUCCAGGUAUUCCUACUGGCUGUUAGGAAUUGUGGGAGUUGAAGUCCAAAACACUUCAAGGGAGUGCCCAUAUCUGCCGUAUAUCUGUUUUAUCACCACAACCUAUUUACGGAUAGUAUAAGGUCAGCGAAAAGACCCAUAGAUGGAAAUCUCUGUAUUCUGAUAUACCAGGUUCAAUAUGUGGACGACAUCCAGUAUAUAGACGAUUGGCUCAUAGCAGGCGGCAUGUACAAACUUUGGCCCUCCACGUGUUUUGGACUUCAACUCCCACAAUUCCUAAGUUGAAGUCCAAAACACCUGGAAGGAAGGCCCAAGUUGACCUUAUGAUAUGAGUAUAUCGUCCACAUACAUAAGGAUGUCGUUCUCGUAUUGAGGGAAAGCCAAAGUUGACUCAUGCCUAUGCUAUAUCGUCCAUGUACAUAAGGAUGUUGUCCAUGUAUUGAGAAAAAGCCAAAGUUGACCCAUGCCUAUGCUAUGAGUAUAUCGUCCAUGUACAUAAGGAUGUCGUCCACAUAUUAAGGGAAGGCCAAAGUUGACCCAUGCCUGAGUAUAUCAUCCACGUACAUAAGGAUGUUGUUCACAUAUUGAGGGAAGGCCCAAGUUGGCCCAUGCCUGUGAUAUACUUUGCUGGUAUUUAGUCCCCCUCUAGUGAACAUUGAGAUGGAAAUCCCUUCAUUUUCCAAACAUUUCCACACUUUUGAGGCUCAUUUUGCAACACAGUCAUUCAGUUUGUCCCGCAAACCCUUAGAAGAGUUACGGACCGUCGUAACAAAACGUAUGUGGGCGCAAUGUAUCUCAUGAAAACUUUUCAUUUAUCUCUUUUCAAAGCUCUGUGAUGUAUUGCUUAUUACAUCACAUAGAGACUCAGAGGUGUCUUGUUUGCGUGGCACAAAAUCCCUGCCAUAAGGAUUUUGGUUAAAACAACACAUCAUCUAACAAACCAGGAAUUUAUUUUCAAUGCACACGAGAGCUGUGACUAAGAUUAUUAUUAAUCGUCGAUGUAUUUCUUUGUUGUCGUCCUCCCUGUGACCGAACGCCAUAUGACGUCGCAUGGCUAACCCUCCUAUUUUUCAUUGUUCUUUAUGUACGCCUUUCUUCUCACCGUUCCUUACGUUUAUAUGUACUUCUGUUACCAAUGACAACAUACGCCGUAAUUUCUGGAGGCCAAUCGUUCCACAAGGUCAUAUUAAGGAAUGCGAUGAGCUCGUCGACACACUUCUAUCUUAUCACAUUAUCUAGGUCGGUGUUUCUCAACCCUUGGGGGGUUGCGAGGGGGUCUCGGAGGGGUCUCCCCGUUAAAAAGGUUGAGAAACACUGAUCGACGUGGUUUCUUCCCAUUCUAUUCUAGAAUCCAAACAUACGCAGCAUUGAUAUGCGAUGCGGUGUAGCACGACAUUGGUCUCCAGUGCAAUGUAUAUAGUGGGUUGAUUCUUCUCUCUUUCACAUAAUGUUCUAGAAAACUAAACUGUAUUUUUUUUUCAAAAAAUUUUUUUUUCUCUCUGUUGAUCGGGACUUUCCUCCAACGUAUGUACAUUGAUUCCCUCCCAAAGAAAAACAGCAACAACCAAACAAACAUACCACGAGUUUUAAAUAAAUAAAUAAAUAAUAAAAAGACUGACAUUUCAA